AUGCCGAAAACGCAGUCAAUACAUUACCCGCUUUCUGGGUUAUUUGCUGUGAAUAAACCAUCUGGUCCAACUUCUAUGGCCCUUUUAGAUUCUAUCAAGCCGCUCUUUGGUUACUCGCAGCUGUUCAAGCCUUCAGAAGACGCUCCACCGCCACUGCCAUCUGACAAGAAAAAGAAGGGCAAUAAGUGGCGCAAGAGUAAAGGUGGCGGUGGACGUGGUAUCGGUGGAUUCGCCGUCAAAGUUGGUCAGGGUGGUACGCUUGACCCACUCGCUGACGGUGUGCUUGUCGUUGGUUUGAAUAAGGGUACUAAGAAGCUAGCGGAUCUGUUGAAUUGCUCUAAGGAAUACACUGCUAUUGGAUUGCUGGGAUGCGAGACAGACUCGUACGACUCUAAAGGUGCCGUCGUAUCUAAAUCACCGUGGCAGCAUAUUACAAAAGCCGACAUUGAGAAAGCUCUGGAAGGCUUUAGAGGUGAAAUUGAUCAGCUGCCGCCGAUAUUCUCGGCUAUCAAAAUUGAAGGAAAGAGGUUGUUCGAGUAUGCUAGAGCAGGUGAAGUACCACCAAAGCCAGUUGAGAGCAGAAAAUGCACCAUACAUUCGCUCACUCUUGAAGAUUUUAUCCCUGGAGACAAACACAGUUUCAUAUACCCAACAAAUGAAUUGAGCCAUGAAGAUAAGGUGGCUGCACAGAAAGCACAAGAGUUCGUAAGCCACAGUGACGAUCAGAGUGUAGAAAAGAGUGAUAGUAAUAGCCAACUGAAUGAAGACAAAAGUGAUGAAGAGAAGAUAGACAACGCUCUACGUGCAGAAACAACAGAAGGACCAAAAGCUUUCAAAUUGCGUAUGACAGUAUCAGGAGGUACAUAUGUCAGAUCGAUUGUUCACGAUCUCGGUAAAGCACUCGGAUCAUCAGCUCACGUCGUUGAGCUGACGAGAACGCGACAAGGGGAGUUUGCACUCCCUCAAGCUUCGAUGGAAGAUGGUGGUUUGUCCACUGGUAAGAAUGUGAUUGAUUGGAGUGUGUUUGAAAAGGCAUUGGCAGAGAAGACCGACGAAUACAAGGAGGGUGAACUUGCAGAAUGGGAGCAAAGGCUCAUUAGCGUGAUAAAAACUGAUAUAUAG